AUGGCUCGCUUCAUUCAAUUCUUUCUUUCUAUUGCGGCUCUGUGCUUUGGGGCGGCACCCGCAACCGCAGUCCACGAUGAAUUGAAGAACAUUAAGCACAUUGUAAUUUUCAUGCAGGAGAACCGCGCGUUUGAUCACUACUUCGGCACGAUGGCUGGUGUGCGCGGAUUCCAAGAUCCGAAUGUUCACAUCUCGAAACACACUGGGAAGGAUGUAUUUCAUCAGCCUGUGAAUAGCUCCAUGUGGGACGGUGACGCAGAUCAGCCAUCCAGCUACUAUCCACCCAAGAAUGUUACAGAGCUUAAGCCUUGGCACAUUCCGUACCAAGGAGGUGACUAUCAUGAACGUACACAGUGCAUGGUGGCUGGUACAAAUGAUUGGCGACAGAAUCACAAUGCUUGGAACGGGGGUGAAAUGGACCGAUGGGCGAUGGCAAAUACCCCUUUCAGCUUGGGUUACUACCGUCGAGAUGACAUUCCAAUCCAUUAUGGGAUUGCUGGCAACUUCACGAUUGCUGACCACUACUACGAAUCCAUUAUGUCGUCGACAGAUCCGAACCGGAUUUCACUUUUCUCAGGGUCCAUCAAUGUCAACACCAGUGUGAUUGGUGGAGGCGGCCUCAAAGUAGGUGGCCCUGUGAUUGACAACAAUGGUGAUCCUCGUUGCCUUGUAGCCGACAACAAGGACUUUUUCUCAUGUCGACCGCUCAAGUGGAAAACGGUGCCUGAGUACUUGUACGAAAAGAAUAUCACGUUCCAAUUUUAUCAGGACUUCGACAAUUUCGGUGACAACACACUCGUUGCCUUCACGCAGUACAAGGAGGCAGCUAAGAAUAAGACUGAAUUUGCCAAGCGUUCUGUUUCUUUCAUUGGAAUUGACAGGUUUGUUGAGGAUGCUAAGAAGGGGACGUUGCCUGAGGUGUCGUACCUUGUGGGACCUAUGCAGUUGUCUGAACAUCCACCUUACACGCCCAAGGAUGGCGCUUACAUCCAAGCAAAGGUCGCGAAUGCAGUCAUGAAUGGCAAAGACUGGAACUCUACUGUGCUCUUUUACUCAUACGAUGAGACAGGUGGUCUAGCCGAUCAUGUUGUGGGUCCCCUUCCACCUAAAGAUGCCAAGGGUGAAUGGAUUACUGACCCGUACGAUAAGUCGAAAGGCAAGGUCCCUACAGGUCCAGGUUUCCGCGUACCAUUUUAUGCUGUCUCGCCAUGGACACGGAACGGUGGUGUGUUCACAGAGCAUGCCGCGCAUGAAAGUCAGAUUCUAUUCCUGGAAGAAUGGUCCAAGGCUGUCGGUAAGGGUUUCCACACGAAGGAAAUCAACCCUUGGCGUCGCGCCCAGUUUAGCAACUUGGUGAAUAUGUUCGAUUUUUCUUAUCAUGAUUCAAGUGUUCUUGAUCUGGGUAACGUGCCUGAAGCAUCGAAAGAUCCAAUCACUCAUGAAUACAAUGGAGCUGAUGUAUGUGCACUCAAGUUCCGCACCAACGUGCAGCCAACAGUGCCGUACAACAAUUCGGAGGCACAAAGCCUUCGUGUAGAGACUGGCUACAAGCCAGUACGUGGAAAUCUAAGCGAGGGUCAUUUUCUCACGUUUGAAGCCAACGGCAAGGCGCUCAGCCAUAAGGACCAAAAGAAAGUCGGCUCCGCAGAUGCGAAUAAGGACCAUGAUGCUGAGGACACGCGGUUCGUUCUGUGGUGGCAAGGAAAAAACCCCAAGGACAAUUCCUUCCUUAUUUCCAACGCAGAUAAGCACAAUCGAAUGUACAUCACGUCGUCUUUGGACCUUUCAUCGAAGAAGAAAGACGCUGCUCACUUUUCGAUCGUGGACUUAGGGAACGGCAAAGGGCACCUUAUCACCAAUACUCAUUCCAACUUGCAGCUCACGCUGGAAAAGAAUGGUGCUGUGUCUAUGAAAGAAUCAGGGUCGAACGAGUUUAAAGUAUACAGUGUAACGUUUUAG